CCGAUGGCACUCACACAGGCUCCUUGCAGGCUUUUAGACAUCCAUCCGUGUGAACAGCUGAAACACAAAGAAAAGGGAUUUUCCAACAACAGUCUAAUUCUUUAGCUUUCAUGGAAGAUAGUCAAAGUCAUUUUUCUGAGGAUUCAGGAUGUUUGCCACAACAUGGAACCAACGAUCACAAGUUUGCAGGUCAUUCACAUCCCACAGGAAAGAUCCAGAUCACUGGUGACACUUUCCAAUUCAAGCUUGAUGUGAGUGAAUUUUCACCAGAAGAUGUUAUUCUUGUGUCCUCCAACAACCUUUUAGAGGUUCGUGCUGAAAAGCUGGGUGAAGAUGGUACAAUCACAAAUACAUUUUCCCACAAGUGCAAGCUGCCAUCAGAUGUGGACCCCUCAUCUGUAAGCUUGUCCUUGGAAAGCAGUGGGGUCCUGACUGUGAGAGCUCACAAGAUGUAACCUCAGCGGUUGGCCUGCUGACCUUGCCUUAAAAAGUGGACUUUAGCGCCCUCAAGCGGUGGAUGAAAGCAACUUCUUGGUGCAACAUUCACGAAAUACCAAAACAUGAGCUUCACCAACCUAAAGCGCACUGACUCAAAUAUAAUACAUUCACUGUAACUUCCUAGUACAUUUUUGAUCCUGUUCUGUACUAUUUAACAAAAUAAAAAUGCAUCAUUGCUUAAUAUGUUGAAAUAAAAACUGUGCAUUUC